AUUCAUACUAAAAAAAGGUCAUAAGAAUUUCUCACAAACACCCCUCCUCAAAAAUUAGGGAGGAGGAUUGUUCUUUAAUUCUUUCUGCCUGUCUCUGUACCACAGUUCGCAGUUACUUCAUACAAUUCUUGCAAUUCUAAAUUACCCCAAAAAAGGUAGGGUUUUUGUUGAGCUUUUUCUUCCAUGGAUCGUCUUCGACCCAGAGACAGAGAAAGAAAGGUGUUUUCUGGCUUCACAGAUACCGAAAUUGAAAAGCUGGAAUGCUUCUUUACAGAAUAUGGAGGAUUGUCAAUUAACCGGCACUUUUGCGUGAAAGUUGCAAAGGGUAUUAGUCGCUCUGCUGGGCGGGCUGGGAAACCCGUUGUAAAGUGGGAUGAGGUGCAAAAUUGGUUCGACAACAGGCAGAAAAAGAGUCCAGUUAAAGCAACUCCUCCGUCUAUCAAUCAAAAAACAGUUACUCCUUCACCUGAUAUCUCUAAGAAUGUGGCUGCUCGUCCUGAUGCUUCUGACCUAAAGAAGGCUAAUGAAACCAACCAGCUGCCUAAAGCAGCGGAGAAGUUACCAGAUUUAUCAGAGCUAGAGUUUGAGGCAAGGUCAAGGGAUGGAGCAUGGUAUGAUGUUGAGAGAUUCCUCUCCCACAGAUUUGUCAGCUCUGGUGAAACUGAAGUUCGCGUAAGAUUUGUGGGGUUUGGGGCUGAAGAAGAUGAAUGGGUGAAUGUGAAAAAUGAUGUGCGAGAGCGUUCAAUCCCCUUAGAGAACUGGGAAUGUCUCAAAGUCAACGCUGGGGAAAUGAUGCUUUGCCUUCAAGAACGAAAAGAUCAAGCUAUAUAUUAUGAUGCACUUAUUUUGGAUGUUGAACGAAAAAUGCACGAUAUAAGGGGUUGCAGGUGCAUCUUCCUUAUUCAGUAUGACCAUGAUAAGAGUGAGGAAAAGGUUCGUUUGAGGAGAUUAUGCCGCAGAGCAUAACAAGAGAGACAAGGAAAUGAUCUUUGUAGUGAUUAAGAAUGAUGAUUAGGUUAUUAUUGUUGUUAAACGCUGUUAGAUAGUAAAUGAAGUCAUGAAGUUUUGUGGAGAUUCAAUCGUCUCAUUAUUUUGGUUGCCCUGUUUAAGCUAGGGAGACGGGAGUCAACAGCUACAACUCAAUCUUGUAUAUUUUUACAUGGCUUCAUUUUUAUAUCCUCUAUUCCUUGAAGCGAAUAUCUCAAUAUGCAAAAUACUUUUAAUUGGGUUCUCAAUAUUGAGCCUUACUCAAUCAGCCAAAAGUUCUACAAACAGAUUUUAUGUAAUCGGCACGAAAUUAUCAGAUUCUACCUGUGAUUUUGCAAAAUUGAUGUAAUGUUGAAGUAAAAAGAAAUUGAAGUUGACAGUAUUUUUAGA